AUGUUUGACGCAGACGCGUCACCCGAACGACCCGUUUCCCCUGUCAGCUCCGCCUCCACUGCAGAGGUGACGGCAGGACACGAUGUUUCCACGAUCAACCGCACGUUGGAUGGUUCUUUCAUUCAUGAUGACGGUCAUCUGAUGGAAUACGGCUCGAAGCACUGGAUACGUGUGACGCAGUUGGACCCGAACACGACAAGUAAAUCACUAAAGUACAUGUUCUAUCCGUAUGGAGGCGAUGAGGCAUUUGUUUUAUGGGACAAUGGAGUUGUGGGAUAUGUCGGUUUUGAGAAUAAAUAUAUGGCCGAUCUUGGAGUGGAGAAGAUGGAUGCCUUUAUCCCCUGUCGUCAGACACAGGCUCUGUGCGUUACUCGUGUAACACUGGAGGAUGUCCUGAUUGCGAAGAGUACAGCUUAUUCUCAAAAGGGUCUUGUACCGUUGCUCUACUCGGACUGCCCUGUUCAUUUUAUUACCCAGUUCAUUGAAUUACACAGGCAGCCCUGCUGUUGCGCUGCCGAGUUGGUGGAAGAAAUAAGGAGAGCCCCUCGGCCUGUAUUGUCACGCGUUUUGUCUGCCUUGACGGAAUUAAGGUCGAAUUGGAUUUACCUGGAGGAAUUUCGUGAGGCUCUUGUAAAACAACUCUUGCGGCAUAUUGUUAAGGAUGAUUCAACGGAACUCGGAGCGAACUGUGGCACCUUCUUGGGUGAACUGUUUGUUAUGGGAUUGCUGACUGGGGACCCGUUUUAUUUGGCGUCCCGUAUUCUCCAGCGGGGUGUACAUUGCACAUCCCAGAUUGAUAACAUCUGCCGUAUUGCUCAUGUUUGUGCUUCCAUGCCAUUUCCAAUCUCCAAGGCAUCUUUUUGGGCUCUUGUUGGGCAGAUGACAAUGAAUGUCUCUGAUCCCCUUCGCGCUGCUCUUCGUGAUAAUAUGCGGCAAUUUCAGCAGAGCAUGGAGCUGUUCCCCUCUGUUCAAUCCGUCAUACCAAAAAACAGUUGGUCGUUUGCAAAGGAGAAUAAUGGUUCACGUCUUUCAUCGGAGUCCAAAUCACGCACUCUGUACAUAUCUCAUCUCCCUCCUCUUCUACCACAGCAGACCCUCAUGGAGUUGCUUUCAAUGUGUGGUGUGGUGAACAAGGUCCGUGUAUGUCGUGGUAGUGGCUAUACUACCCUCUUUGCUUUUGUGGAAAUGUCAACUGCGCGGGAGGCGAGAGCGACUCUGCGCCUCAACCGGAUGAACCUUCUAGGGUGCAGCAUCCGUGUGCAGAUUGCACGCAAUUCGAUUCAAGAUACUCAGAGUGAAGACGCUAUCGUUGAUACCGAUGGAACUGUGAAACGCGGUUGCCUAUUCAGCCAACACGGGCGUUCUUUGGCGGUCGCAGCGGCGGCUGGUGAAAAAUGUAUCAGUAUAUGA